AUGUUUUCCUCUGCCCGUCAUGCUUUUGCUCGCGCGCCGCGUCGCGCUUUCUCUACAACUUCGACGCGUGCUUACGAUGUCUCCAAGCUCAUCCUCAUCGGACGACUAGGCAAAGACCCUGAAGUUCGUACCACCAAGAGUGACAAAGAAUACGCGUCCUAUACCGUUGCAACCACCAACUACCCCCCUCCACCUCCUAACCCCGAUGGCAGUCGUCAAGAGGCUGGAACGACGUGGCAUAACAUCAUUUGCUUUAAUCCCAAUCAGACCAAUUACUUGCGCACUCUCCAGAAAGGGGCCCAAGUAUACGUUGAGGCAAACUUUGAGCUUCGUGACCCAGAUCCAAGCGCAGACCCAUCUUCAGCGCAGGCCCAAAGACAAAUAUUCCUUAGACACGAAACCAUACGGGUUAUCAGACAGGCUCCCUCGCACAGCGAGACCCAGGAGUAG